AUGAUGUUCAUCUGCGAAAAGGGGAAGGAUGAUUUUAUCACUGGAGUGUCUACCCCUCUAGCAACCACAGAUCCGAAAUUCAAACUAUGGAAGUUAGAAAAUAAUAUGGUCAUGUCUUGGCUAAUCAAUUCUAUGACAAAGGAAAUUGGAGAAAAUUUCCUACUCUACAACACUGCUAAAGAGAUAUGGGAUGCAGCAAAGGAAAUCUACUCCAGUAAUGAAAAUAUUUCAGAAUCAUUUGAGAUUGAAACCGUUCUCCAUGACCUUCAACAAGAGCAUAGGUGGGAGUGCCCUGUAGAUGCAAAAAAAUACAAGGAAAUUACUGAAAAGAAAAGAAUUUUUAAAUUCUUAAUGGGUCUUAACAAGGACGUUGAUGAAGUUCGGGGAAGAAUUAGGAUCGAAACCAUUGCCCAACAUCUGGGAGACAUUUUCAAAACUAUAUUGUGA